CUCACUGGGUCAGGAUCUCUCACAGUGCAGUAUGACUCUGACAGACGCUGAGAAGGCGCUGGUUCUGUCUCUAUGGGAGAAGAUUGCUCCUAAGGCUGAAACACUGGGAGCGGAGGCUAUGGACAGGCUUCUUAAACUUUACCCAGACACUGCAGCCUAUUUCAGCAAGUUUGACUUGACGACCAACUCCCCCGAUAUGCUUGCUCAUGGAGGAAAAAUCAUGAAUGCCCUUGGAGAUGCCAUCAAAAACUAUGAUACCAUGAAGGACUCUAUGGCGAGCCUCACAGACCAGCAUGUUAAUAAAAUUGCUGUGGACCCUAACUACUACAAGUUAAUGUCUCACUGCAUUCAAAUCGUUCUUGCUGUUCACUUUCCAACGGAGUUCACCACGCUAAUGAACUGCGCAUGGAAUGAUUUCCUUGGCGCGGUUUCUGGUAUUCUAUCAGGAUGAGGGCUCUGGGAACUGGCUGUGGCAGAAUGUGUCUUCUCAGUGACUAGGACAUGAUCUGGCUUCUUCAACCAUAAUGCCUUGCUGUGAGGCAGUUAGUCUG